AUGGACAAGAUCCCCCUCAACUACGAAGCCUCCGGCGGCGACACCCACAAGCAAGUCACAACCCGCCUCCCCGAGCCCGUCGUCCAGUGCCUCCAGAAUGCUCGCUUCCUUCACCUUGCCACCUGCAGGGACAACGUGCCCAACGUGUCGCUCAUGAACUACACGUACCUGCCCUCGUCGCCGUACUCGUCCCUGCCCGUCAUCAUCAUGACGACGAACCCGCGGUCGCGCAAGACGGCCAAUAUAAUCAGCAACCCGGACGUGUCGCUCCUCGUCCACGACUGGGUAUCUCACAGACCGCCAACCCAGAGUCGCCGCAUGUCCGGGGGCUCCCCAGGACCCGAGCACCGUUCCAGCCUGGCCUCGCUGCUGCUCAACCUCAACUCCACGGCCGUGUCCAGCAUCAGCGCCACCAUUGGAGGCGCGGCGCGCCUGGCACCCUCUGGCUCCGACGAGGAAAAGUUCUACACGGAGCAGCACCUCGCCAACAACACCUUUGAGGAGGGGGAUGCCCUCUCUCUCCAGGAUACCAACUCGGGCGACGCCAAUACCCAAGGGAGCCAUUUCGUAGCUGGAGAGGAGGUCCGCGUCAUCGUCGUCGACAUCAAGGACAUCCGCAUCAGUGACUGGAAAGGGACCGUUCGUGACUGGGCAUUGCAGCCAGAUGCCGUUGGACUGUCCAACGGCGACUAG